AUGUCAAAAGAAGACCAAAGUCUAAAUCAUCAAAUAUCUAACCCAAGAGAAAUUAUAUUUACUAGUGAUAUAGAGGAAUCUGUUUUAGAAAAGCAGUCUGAAAACAAAAGUAGUAUUGCAGUAAUGCUUAAAGAUAAAACGAAAAAAUUUGUAAACAAAAUCAAGCAUGUAGAUUUUUCUAAAAUUACAGGAAUAUUUGAAAAACCAAAGGAAGAAGUUCCAAGUCAGAUGAUUGAUCUACAAUCUAUGGAAAGUUUCGCACAAAUUAAGAUAAAUAAUGAAUUGAUGAGACUUGAUGCAGCGCUUUCUGAUACCAAUUCAGUCAUUGAUAACUUAUAUCAAAUUAUGCAAAUGUAAAUAUUAUUUAGGAGAGAACUAGAUGAAAAGAUAUGUGAGGAUGCUCUAGAAACAUUAGGAGCAAUCAAGAUGCUGGUAAAAAAAUUUUAA